AGACACUAACGAGAAAUGGAGAUGAAGGGGAUGAGUAAAUUAAAAGCUCCAUUUUGGUUGAUUUGGGGUUUGUUGAUUUGGGUUGGGUUGAGUUGUGGGGCGAAGAUUGAUGGGGAAGAGGAGGUAAUGAAUGAAAACAGGACAACGGUGAAUUUGAUACAUGUAGGGGCGGUUGUUGAUAAGCUGACUCCGUCCAUUGGUGGGGCUGCAGAAAAAUGCAUUCAAAUGGCACUGACGGAUUUCUAUGCAGCGCAUCCACAUUAUCGCAACAGAUUGGUUAUGAAGAUCAGAGAUUCACAGGAUGUGGUCGCCGCAACGUCGGCUGUGGUGGAUUUAGUGAAGAACCAAAAAGUGCAUGCAAUAAUAGGGCCAGAAAGUUCGAGCGAGGCAACGUUUAUGAUAAAGCUAGGCGAGAAGGUUCGCGUGCCAAUCAUUUCAUUUUCCGCCACCAGCCUCUCCAUUUCUCCCUCGCAGAGCCCCUUCUUCGUCCGAACUGCCCAAAACGACUCGUCUCAGGUCAAAGCCAUCACCGCCAUCGUCCAAGGGUUCGGUUGGCACGAGCUCGUCCUCAUCUACGAAGACACUGAAUAUGGCAAAGGCCUCAUCCCUUUCCUCACCGACGAACUCCAACAAUCCAACAUUCGAGUCCCUUAUAAAUACGCUAUUGCUACCUCCAUGGAUGCGUACCAAAUUUCGGAACAGCUCAAUAAGAUGAAGAACCGGCAGACUAGGGUUUUCUUGGUGCACGUCACUUCUCCAUUUGGCUCUGUUCUGUUUCCGCUUGUGGACAAAGCGGGGAUGAUGAGUGAAGGCUAUGCCUGGAUUCUCACCAACUCUCUUUCCAAUUGUCUUGACGCCAUGGAUCCUUUGGUUAUCAAAUCAAUGGAGGGUGUUUUAGGUAUCCGCCCCUAUUUCCCUGCUUCAGAAGCGCUGGAGAGUUUCAAAAGGAGAUGGAAAUGGUCGACGCCGGAGCUUAACAUCUAUGGCUUGUGGGCAUAUGACACCAUUUGGGCGUUGGCUACGGCGGCUGAGAGGAUAGGGGAAGGGAACAAUCUACGGUUUCUCAGGGGUCAGGGUAGUGAUGUCGAGGGGAAAACCGAUAUUGCGAAUUUGGGGGUUUCGGAAGUGGGUCCGAAGCUGUUGAAGGAGAUGUUGAAUAUCAAAUUUCAGGGUUUGAGUGGGAAUUUCCACUUGGUAGAUGGGCAUUUGCAGCCCUCGGCUUUUGAAAUUUUCAAUCUGAUUGGGAGAGGAGAGAGAUUGAUUGGUUGUUGGAGUCCUGAAAAAGGCAUUUGCCGAAACAUAUCUGAUACAAAACCUACUGAAAAAUAUUCCACUUCAGUCAGUAAGCUGAAGAAGAUAAUUUGGCCGGGAGACUCCAUAACUGCACCAAAAGGCUGGGCUGUGCCUGCAAAUGGAGAAAAAUUCAGAAUAGGAGUUCCCAAAAAACAGGGGUUUAAUGAGUUUUUGGAUGUGACUAGAAACCCUCUAACGGGGGAGCUUAAUUUUUCUGGGUUUUGCAUAGAUGUCUUCAGGGCUGUUGCAGAUGCCUUGCCUUUCCCUUUUCCUUAUGAAUUUGAACUCUCCAGGGAUGAAGCUGGGGACAGCUCUGUUAUUUAUGAUGACCUCCUCCACCAACUCAACGAGAAUGAGAAGAAAUUCGAUGUGGUCGUAGGAGAUAUUACGAUUGUGGCCAGCCGAGCAAAUUAUGUAGAUUUCUCAUUGCCAUUUACCGACUCGGGCGUGACAAUGCUCGUUCCAGUCAAACGCAACUUGCAUCAUAGUAUGUGGGUUUUCUUGAAACCUCUGAGCUUGGGUCUAUGGCUUACGGCCAUAGCAGUUUCCAUAGCAACAGGAGCUGUUCUACUGAUCUUAGAGCACAAUGGAAGAAGUGAAUCGUUGCGUCCAUUGAAUCUACUCUGUUUAAUCCUCUGGUUUCCCGUCUCCUCCAUGGUUCUCCCUGAAAGACAAAUAGUGACUAAUACACGCUCUAGGUUUGUGCUUGUGGUUUGGUUGUUUCUGGCUUUUGUCCUAAUGCAGAGUUACACCGCAAGCUUGUCUUCAAUCUUAAUGUCAGAUCAGCUACAGCCCAAGUAUUUUAGCGUGAGUGAACUUAUAUCCAAGGGCUACUACGUUGGAUAUCAAAAGGGUUCCUUUUUAAAAUCUAUGUUGAUAGAGCAGCUGAAAUUUAAUGAAUCCAAGCUGAAAUCUUAUGCAAACGUUGAGGAGUAUCGUAAGGCAUUGUCCAAAGGAAGUCAAAAUGGGGGUGUUGCUGCAAUCUUUGAUGAAAUUCCUUACCUGCAGGUUUUCCUUACAAAAUAUGGCUCCGAUUUCACUAUGGCUGGACCUAAAUAUCGAACAGACGGAUUUGGCUUUGCAUUUCCACUAAAUUCCCGGUUAGUACCUUAUGUAUCAAGAGCAAUAUUGAACGUGACAGAGAGCGAGAAAAUGGUGGCAAUUCAAACAAAAUACUUUGGAGCUGGAAAUCAAAAUCAAGACAGCUCAAUCUCCUCCCCGAACAGUCCAUGUCUAGAGGCGUCGAGCUUCGGGGGCCUCUUUAUAAUCACCGGCAUAUCGCUGCUGCUGGCUUUGAUCGGCUCAAAAACCUUCAUCUGGCAAAAACCUGCUUCAGUGGCAAAGACCUACUACAGAAAAUAUGUGUCGUUUCAGCAGCAUUUGCAUUCUGAUGUGAAGGAUAAGGUAAUGGACGACAGGUUGAAAUUGCCAAAUACUAACACAUUGGAGACUGUUUCAGCUGGUGCGGAUCAUGGCUGCCACGAUGGAAGUGCGAGUCCCGCAAAGCAUGUCACAGAGAGCACUAGCUAGCUUUAAUCUUCGAUCAACACAACUUUUCUACACUUAAAAAUAGCAUUCAAAGCAACCAUUUUCAUAUGGAAAUCGCGCCAGAUGAUCAUAGAUUUUAACUGGGUCAGUUCUAAUGCUUUGAUCUUCCCAAUUGAAGUAAUCCCCCAAUGGAAGAAAAAAAAUUAUGAUUCAGUUCAUCUAGUCGAUUCCAGCAACUUGUUGAUCUCAAUCUGAUAUGGUCAACAGACUUGAUUUCUGUUAUUUCUUCCGUUCCCACAUUGAUUGAGAUUGUUUCAAGAAACAAAAAGAACUAGAUGAAUAGGUUCAGGUCAUAAAUUCUAGCGGUUGGUUGGAUAGGAAUUGAACUGAAGAUGAUACAGUUAGACAUGUUUCUCCUGAAAUAAUUCUAAAUACAGAUAAAGUUUAGUCCUAUCUGCAAAAAUUAUGUACAUCUGAAAUCCAAAUAUUAGAAUCUCUGUCUAUAGAUUGAGUGUAUUGCUUGUUAUAUCUUAUCAUCAUACAAUCAAAUACGCAACUACGUUUAUACAGGCCGUGAUAUGUGAUAUUUGCCUAUAAACAUGUAAUGCAAAAUUUCCAGCAAAAUUCGGAAAAACCAUUAUGUUGUAAUGUCCAGCGCGCAGGUACGUCCGUUUAGUCUUCUUUAUAUUAAAGUAAUGUGUCCGUGAAAGGUAUGAUUUCAGUCUUGACCAUCAAUAUUUCUCAGGCUGCGCUGGCUUCCUUCUGCAAGCUGCGUUAUUGCUUGCUCACAAACUGGGAUAAGAAAAUCAAUUCUUCAUGACCUCCCUGAACGGCAAGGCCAAAGCCAUUAUUAUGACAAGAUUUGCAGCCCGAUCAUGCUUGUCCAAAGUAUGUUUUCCAUCGCUAAUCUCUCUACUCCAUAGACAUUACAUCUCUGAUUGCAUACCCAUUUACCAUCUUUGAUCAUGAAUUGUCAUCAAAGUUUUGGAAGAAAAUUCUGAUUUAUGGCGAAUCAUUGUACAUAUGGGUAAAUAUAGUUGCUUUCUAUGGUGUCUUCAUAUAAGACGCGUUUGAAUCAUAGAAUAGAAUUUGCAUCUGA